AGAAGGUAGGCAGAAAUCAGUUUAAAGUUUCCUAGAAAUGUAUUAAGAUACUAGCUACAGUAUAUACAAAAUAUUAUUUAAGGGAUAAUGAUUUGCUUAUGUGUUUAUGUGUUUUACUAUCAAAAGUUUUUCACAAACAGUAUUUAAUUUCCCUUCAUCACUACUUGAGUGAUUGGUGAAGGUGUCUGCAGACAGCUGAUGGCAAUGCCGCUGAUUUUACAUACAGAAUAGUGCUUUCAUAUAGAACGGUAACCGGUCAGUUUCACUGGAUCUACGGGAGGAGAAUUUACCCAGACCAGCAGCAGCAGCAGCAGCAGCAGCAGGACCGGUCCGGUCCGGCAGGACAGAUGGCUGAAGCCCCGCACUGAGACACUGUACGAUGGACACACAUACGGCUCCACGCACACAUACACUGAUGUGUAGUGGUGCUCAAGUUAAGAUUGGCUUGACUUUGCCUCAUUGUCGCGUUGUGCUGGGUGGUGCUGAAGAGGGAUAGUGAUUAGUGAGUGGGUGGUGUAGAUGUGCGGGAUGUGAGCAGGCAGUGGGCGGGCUGCUGCUGUGACUCCCCCCUCUGCCACUCUCCUCUCUGCCCCGGACGUAGCACAUGCGACUCAUGACUGCUCGGCUCUUUACGCAUGUCAGAAGUUUUCUGCUCGUUCCAGUUACUUACUGCUAGACUAUACAGACUACACUGCUUGUUGCGCACCGCCUCGGCAUCGCAUUCCUCCUGGAGCAAAGGACAGCUUUCAGACGCUGAAGUUCAGUGUUUGCUCUCUCCUCUCAUUUGUAACUGUGUCUCAUCACUUCGAGGGUCUUACCUGGAGCUGUGGGAGAAGUUCGCAUGACAAGAGCCACCCAAAGGCAACUUUAGAGAGCAAGAAUGAAAAUAAGAUGUGGCUACCACAUACAUAGACUGAGACACAGGUGCUUCCUGUUAUCUCUGUCUCUGCUGGCAGUCUGUCUACUCAAGCUGGUCUACAUUAAAGUGACAGUGAGGGACAGCAUCUACAUUGAACCCUAUGGAAUUACUGUGGACGUAUCAAGGAUUCACAGCCGCAGGUACGACGUUAACUGCACUGCCAUCUACGAGCUCGACCCUGUGGAGAUAGGCAAAGCUCUGGAGAUGAAACACAAAAUCAUUGCUGGCGUGGAUGAUGAUAGCACUGUGAGUUUGACCUCAGACUGUCAAACAUUCAUCAAAACCAGGGGUUAUAAUGAUGUACCGGUGUCAGUAGCAGAGCAAAGCUUCCCAUUGGCUUAUUCUCUGGUGGUCCAUAAGAAUGCACCCAUGGUGGAGCGUAUUCUUCAUGCUGUCUAUGCACCUCAUAACAUCUAUUGCAUUCACUAUGAUCAUAAGUCCUCUCCAAAGUUUAAAAAGGCAAUGAAAAACCUGGCUCAGUGCACUAAAAAUGUGUUCAUUGCCUCACAAUUGGAGUCUGUGGAAUAUGCUCACAUCAGCAGGCUUAAUGCGGACCUCAACUGUCUCUCUGACCUGUUGAGGUCAGAGGUGAAGUGGAAAUAUGUUAUCAACCUGUGUGGCCAGGACUUUCCUCUGAAGUCAAACUAUGAGCUGGUAAUGGAGCUGAAACAUCUGAACGGUAGUAACAUGCUGGAAACCAGCCGACCCAGUGAACUCAAGAAACAGCGCUUCAGUUUCCAGCAUGAGCUGAAAAAUGUGCCUUAUGAGUACCAUCGUAUUCCUGUCAGAACCAAAGUGGCCAAAGAUGUUCCUCCUCAUGGGAUAGAAAUAUUCAUAGGCAGUGCAUAUUUUGUCUUAUCAUGGGAUUUUGUGUAUCACAUUAGCCGCAGUCAGGUGGCAAAGGACUUUCUGACCUGGUCUGCUGACACAUACUCUCCAGACGAACACUUUUGGGCCACACUUGUUAGGAUCCCUGGGGUGCCAGGACACAUUCCUAGGUCAGAGGCGGAUGUUACAGACCUGAGAAGUAAGACACGGCUUGUCAAAUGGAACUAUUUAGAGGGAACUCUUUACCCAGCCUGCACCGGCACACACAUGCGGAGUGUUUGCAUCUAUGGAGCUGCCGAACUCCGCUGGCUUCUCAACUAUGGCCACUGGUUUGCUAACAAAUUUGACCCCAAAGUGGACCCAAUCCUGAUUAAGUGUCUGGAGGAGAAGCUCAUGGAGAAACGCCAAUACUUGCAAACAUGAUGCAAAUGGCAAAAGGGAAUGUGACAAGGACAGGACAGAGUGGUUCAGGGGCAUGUGCAGAAUUACAGAAAGGAAGUGUUAUAAGAUGCAUCUCCUAAAUCACUGUAUUUAUGAGUAUUUUCAUGAUAUUAAACUCUCCUACCUAUUUCAUCGGAAAAUAAUGAAGUUGAUAGUGUACAACUUUGUGGGCUGGUUUAGCACAGGAUUUCUUAAACAAAAAUAGUAUGGUCAUAAAAUGUGCCUGGCUAUCGUUUAGACUUCCCAAAAUCUAUAUGGAGAGGCAUCAUCUGAGCCACAUGCAAUAUCAAAACUCUGAAUCAACUAGAAUGGCAAUCAGUUGAGCGAAUACCUCCUCCAAGGCACCACAGCCCACUUUUGUUAUCACAAAUAGCUACCACCCACCUUUUUUAUCAAGUGAGAAUCCAUCCAAGUUUCCUGGAAAUCAGUUCAGUAGUUUUUUUUUACCCUGCUGACAAACCAACCAACCAACAAAUCAAACAAAUGGACAUGGCCAAAACACCCCCUCCCUGGUGGAGGGAAAAACUAUAAUAAGAAAAAAAAAUGUAUUGCUGUUACACAGUACACAUAUAAGUUGGUAUCAAUACAAUUAGACACAAGUUGAAAUAUAAACUAUGCAAGAUCAGUCUUAAAAAAUACCGGAUACUUAUAAUGGAUUACUGGACUCAGUCGAAGACGUUUCACCUCUAAUUUGAGAUCUUCAAGUACAGGUCUGCUUUCAGUCCCAGGAAUCAGAACUAAACAUGGAGAAGCAGUGUUCAUUUAUUAUGCCCCACAUAUCUGGAACAAACUCUCUGAAAACUGCAGGUCUGCUCCAACUCUCACCUCUUUUAAAUCAAGACUGAAGACCUUUCUGUUUGCUGCUGCUUUGCAUUGAAGCAAUUUUAUAGCUUUGAACUGCACUGUGACUUUUAUUUUCUAUUCUUGUCUCUUUGAAAUCUUUGAUAUUUUAGCCUACUUUGGUAUUUCUUAACUUGUUUUUUGUCUUCUUACUUGUUUUAAAUGUAUUUUAAAUGCAAAUUUUAAUUUAUUUUGAAGUUUUUUGUGUGCCCCUGUAAAGUACUUUGAGUUGCCUUGUGUCUGAAUUGUGCUGUAAAAGUGUCCUUACAGAGUUGUUACGGACAUGUGUGAGCUUUAACUUUCAGAGUUAUUAGAGCCACUUGUGUGUUGUUGACCCAACCAGACUUCAUGAGGGUUGCUAGUGCUAGGUGAGCCCAGAUGAGAAUGGUUGUUAAGCUGUCUGGAGAGAGAACUCAUUGGGGAGACAAACAACCUCCAUAAAUGAAUGGCACAGGAGGACCACUCCUCAGGUCAAGGCUCUACUGUCCACUAACAUCUGAAAGAGAAAAAUCAUUCCUUUGUAAACAAUGUAAACGUCUUGUCUAGAGAAGACAGAUGUUUGAAAGAGAAGUAAAAGAACCAUCUAUGCUAAACUGGAACGACCGUCUUUGAACAAAGGAGGUGGGCUAAGACAUUAAUUAUCACCCACCUAUGAUGCUGUACUGAGUUCUCUCCCCAGGCAGCUUAACAACCAUUCACACCAGGGCUCAGCUAGCCCUAGCAGCCCACAUGAAGGCCGGUUGGGUCAAUGACCCACAAGUGGUCCUAACAACUCUAAAACUCAGAGCUUCGUUUUCGGGGAUCGACACUUUUUGUCUGCCAUGACGGUGGCGCGCCGGAGAUGCAACUACUGAUGUGAGUUGUCCAAAAACGUUCUUUUUAUUAAACUCUGUGCACACAAACAAUGUUCUCAGUGCUGGUGUUCAUAUGUAGAGACCCUGGUGAUGCUAUGAGCAAAGUUUCAUGUUGUGUCGAGCCUUCCUAACGAUUUUGAUGCUGGCAUAAAAGUACCCCUGCACCCCAAUGAAAAUUAGCUUGCCCAAAAGCGAAACUACAGUAAAUCUAAAAAGUGCCUCUUUCGUUGUAAUUACGCGUUUACACAAAGGUUUGACUCAUAUUCAAUUGCAAAUAAAGUCUCAAUUGCUUUCUGGCGAGAGUUUCACUUUAAGUGACCUGGAUGACUGAGAACCUUCAUCAACAUGGACUUGUACUUGUUUUACAGUGUAGUAUUGCUAAGGGAUUUAAAUUCUCUUAAAUUCUUUACAUGCUAGAUUAUUUCAUUGUUUUUAAUCAUUGUCUGUCUGUAACUUUCACUGACCAAACAAGGCAUUUCAUCUGUGAGAGAAGGAAAUGAAAAAGUGCCUAUGUCCAAAAGAAUUAUCAGUUAUUUCAGGAAAUUUAUAUCACUUCCAAAAACAGUGUCCAUUUUGUUCUUGACUUUUG